CAGAGAGAGAGAUACAGAGAGUCAGCGAGAGAGGCAAUAGGAGCAGCCGUGGAGGACUAAGAAGAGGAUGACCCUGUGAUCUUGCCAAGGAUGAGCAGAGACGAGGAGAGACGCAUCACUAUGAAUAAGGCCAAGAGAAAGUCUCGUGUGGACAGCCCUGGAGGUGUGAGAAGCAGGAGAACGGUUCAGAGGAGGAUGACCUGCCCUAGCUUCCCGGAGAUCACUAGAGUGCUGCAUAACCCUGUCCCCAGUCCCCUGACCCGUUCUGCUAACCUAGACGAGCUCAUCCUGCGAUGCCUGCACUGCUUCGACUCGGAUGGAAAGCUUUCGCGGGGGUCUCAGCUAGUUCACAUGACUCUGAUGAUGCACAGCUGGGUUGUUCCCUCACAGACCUUCGCCCAGAAACUCCUCGCCCUCUAUAAGGACUGUCCAGUGGAAAAGAGAGGACUGAGACGACCGCAGGUCUGCCACCUUAUCAGACAGUGGAUCAGCAGGUUCCCAGCGGUGUUUGAGGCUGAUCCUCAACUAGAACAGAUGAUGGGAGAAUUGUGGACCCUGGCCAGGUCUGAGACACAGGACAUCAUAGACACAUCCUACCUUUAUGAUGCCAUCCCACCAUGUCUGUUUGAGUACGCUUCCUGUCACAGAGGGAAAUGUUCUUGUACGUUUGAGACCUUCUCACAACUCAGUCCAGUGAUCCCAGUCUCCCAGGCCCCGUCUCAGUCUGUAAAGAAGAGGAAGGUCUCUCUACUGUUUGACCACAUGGAGCCGGAUGAGAUGGCUGAACACCUCUCCUACCUGGAGUUCAAAAACUUCUGCAACGUCUCGUUCCUGGAUUACCGUAGCUACGUGGUGCGUGGCUCUGUGAGGGACAACCCAUCCCUGGAGCGCAGUGUCAUGAUGUGUAAUGGGGUGUCUCAGUGGGUCCAGCUGAUGAUUCUGAGCAGACACACUGCACAGCAGAGAGCCCAGGUCUUCACCAAGUUCCUACACGUAGCCCAGAGGCUGCAUGCGCUGCAGAACUUCAACACUCUGAUGGCGGUGACGGGUGGUCUGUGUCACAGCUCCAUCUCUCGUCUGAAGGACACCGCCAGUCUGCUACCCCCUGACGUCACUAAGGCCCUGAGCGAGAUGACAGAGCUGCUGUCCUCCUCCAAUAACUAUAGUAACUACCGACGGGUGUACAGUGAGUGUUCAGGGUUUAAAGUGCCUAUCCUGGGGGUCCACUUGAAGGACCUGAUCUCCUUGAACGAGGCCCUGCCAGACUACCUGGAGGAGCAGAAGAUUAACCUGGGGAAAUUGCAGCAUCUCUACUCUAACAUCUCUGACCUGCUGUCGGUACACUCCUGCUCUCCUCCGUUUGAAGCCAACAAGGACCUGCUGCAUCUACUUACCCUGUCUCUGGAUCUGUACUACACAGAAGAUGAGAUCUAUGAGCUGUCCUACACCAAGGAACCCAAGAACCCUAAGACACAGCCUGUAGCACCUGUCAAAUCCCCAGUUGUAGCAGAGUGGGGGUCAGGGGUGACUCCGAGGCUGGACCCAGACACCAUCUCUAAACACGUCAAACAGAUGGUGGAUUCCAUCAUGAAGAACUACGACCUGAACCAGGAUGGGUACAUCUCUCUGGAGGACUUUAAGAAGAUAGCAGCUAACUUCCCCUUCUCCUUCUGCAACAAUGACAGUGACAGAGAGGGGGAAAUCAGUCAUCAGCAGAUCAACUCCUACUUCAUGAGGGGGAUGUCCGUAUGUGCCAAACUAGGAUACAACUUCAAGAACGUUCACAACUUCCACGAGACCACGUACAAGCGACCCACCUUCUGUGACACUUGUGGAGGCUUUCUGUGGGGGGUCAUCAAGCAGGGAUUCCACUGUCGAGACUGUGGGGUAAACUGUCACAGACACUGCCAGGACCUGUGUGGGAUGCAGUGUGUGAAGAGAGACAGGGUGUAUGCUGGGUCAUGUCCCUCCACCCCUGCCUCAGCCCUCACUCCUGUCCCAGACCUCCUGACCAAGGCGAACAGCUGGAGUUCGUCGGAAGACAACACCUUUGUUUUCCCCGGGGGUAACAGUAAUUGGGGUAACAACCGUAAUAGGAGGGACUUGGACCGGUCCCCUCUGGGUAACAGGGGUGACUCUGCGCUCUCAGACCGGUCCACCCAGACAGACCCGGGGUUGUGGAUGCCUGUGAGUGUGGACAAGAAGGGAAACCAGCAAGUUCUCCCUAUAGAGAGAGACAGGGGCUGUGUUGUGAAGCCCCAGAGAUUCCUUGGCUCCUCCAUGCCUGCCUCCUUCCUGCAGGAGAAGAUGGAGGAACUCAACUUGAUCAGAGAUAAGAGCAGAGAACCCGACUGAGCUGGGACACGGGAUACCCACGGACAGACACACACACACACACAUACACGAACGGACACACACAGACGAACGGACGGACAGACACACACACAAACGGACACACACAGACGAACGGACGGACACACAGACGCACACACACACGAACGGACGGACACACACAGACGCGCGCACACAUACGGACGGACACACACAAACUCAUACACACCCAGACAUCAAAUAAACUGGGUUUGUGUGGGCUGUGUUUGAGCCAAUGGGUUUGUUUCUCAAUAUGCAUCGCUCCACGUUCUCCCGAGGGAAUUCUCCUCAGGACGUUCUCCCGAGUGAAUUCUCUUCAGGACGUUCUCCCGAGGGAAUUCUCUUCAGGACGUUCUCCCGAGGGAAUUCUCUUCAGGACGUUCUCCCGAGGGAAUUCUCCUCAGGACGUUCUCCCGAGUGAAUUCUCUUCAGGACGUUCUCCCGAGUGAAUUCUCCUCAGGACGUUCUCCCGAGUGAAUUCUCCUCAGGACGGUCUCCCGAGUGAAUUCUCCUCAGGACGGUCUCCCGAGUGAAUUCUCCUCAGGACGGUCUCCCGAGUGAAUUCUCCUCAGGACGGUCUCCCGAGUGAAUUCUCCUCAGGACGUUCUCCCGAGUGAAUUCUCUUCAGGACGUUCUCCCGAGUGAAUUCUCUUCAGGACGUUCUCCCGAGUGAAUUCUCUUCAGGGACGUUCUCCCGAGUGAAUUCUCUUCAGGGACGUUCUCCCGAGUGAAUUCUCUUCAGGACGUUCUCCCGAGUGAAUUCUCUUCAGGACGUUCUCCCGAGUGAAUUCUCUUCAGGACGUUCUCCCGAGUGAAUUCUCCUCAGGACGUUCUCCCGAGUGAAUUCUCCUCAGGACGUUCUCCCGAGUGAAUUCUCCUCAGGACGUUCUCCCGAGUGAAUUCUCUUCAGGGGACGUUCUCCCGAGUGAAUUCUCUUCAGGACGUUCUCCCGAGUGCAUUCUCUUCAGGACGUUCUCCCGAGUGAAUUCUCUUCAGGACGUUCUCCCGAGUGCUUUCUCUUCAGGACGUUCUCCCGAGUGCUUUCUCUUCAGGACGUUCUCCCGAGUGAAUUCUCUUCAGGACGUUCUCCCGAGUGAAUUCUCUUCAGGACGUUCUCCCGAGUGCUUUCUCUUCAGGGGGAAGUGCAGGGUGAGGUAAUACAGUAGGGGGAGGUGCAGGGUGAGGUAAUACUCUUCAGGACGUUCUCCCGAGUGCACCUCCCCUGCUGUAUUACCUCACCCUGCACCUCCCCCUGCUGUAUUACCUCACCCUGCACUUCCCCCUACUGUAUUACCUCACCCUGCACCUCCCCUACUGU